CUGUGCACCGGACCGCUGCGAUGGUCAGGGUCACUGUGCCAAGAUAACUCAGCACAGGCUUGUCUCCAGAUAUUUUGUUUUAUGCUUUUCAAGCAAAUCUGCGAGAAGUUGGCCUCCGUCCUCGUCGAAGUAUUCUCCUGCGCAACCUCCAGUGCUUGCCAGGCCUUGCUGUUUGGUCGAAUUGGUUAACCGUUCCUUUACAGUGUUUACGAGGCCCUGCGGUCUGAAGCCAUCCAGUACCGGGAAAAUGAGCAGCACGCGUUCAAGCUCUGAACUCUGUAACCUACCACUGGACACCCAUCAUAUCCAGUUGACACCAGCACAGCGCUACACGGGGAGCGUUAUCGUCUCGACUUUAACGAAUGACCGACCUGUAGCUCAAUCCUUCAUUGCGCCCCGGAGGAUGCGUCGAAGCCUCUGCAUUUUGCUCGGGAUCUUUCAUCACUUUCAGGCUUUUGCCUUCGCCUCCGAAACACAAUACGGCACUGAAACAGGAAGGCUGCGUGGCUGGGGAAUUCCAUCGGACGGAUCGGGUUCCUUAACACUCCCACAUCCCGCCGGAAGUAACUCCCCUUCUAUGGACGCGAAAGAGUUCGCUCGGCAAGAGGAAACCCCUCAAAACACAGUAGCACAAGCUCUAUUGUCUUCUCUCAAGCUCUCGCAAGAUCUAUUCAACGCCACGGUGGCACUUGUCUUACCACCUCCGGAACAACCCAAAGAAGUCAAGGCCACAGAGGAGCACUCCUUAUCUUGUCGGGCAUUAGGCAUUUGGGUGUGCAUCGCAUUGGGUCUUCACGACCACAGGCCUUCCAUCAAGCAACCUCAACUCAUUCAACAACAAAUUAGAGUCCCCUCGUUCCCCGCCUCAAUGCCAAUCACAGGAAACAUGGAACUCCAAGAUCCACUGCCAAUUGCACAGCUUUGCCUUCAGCAGUACUCAGACCAGCAGAAGUCCACAGAUUCUCACUUGCCGUCUCCUCCUGCUGGGCUUUGCAAAAGCCAGAAACAACGCUUUCUGCUAUUUUGGAAGCGCUCGUAA